UGUGGUCUUGCUUGUAGCCUGAUCCAGCUGGAGGCGUUCCUGAGUGGGAUGUGCUGCAGCUGUGAGGCAGCAUAUCGUGUGCUGUACUGGGAGAACCCCGCUGUCUCUUCCCAGUUCUACGGGGCGUUGCUGGGCUCUGUGUGCGUCCUGUAUGUGCUGCCCCUCUGCUGGGUCCUGGCCAUCCUAAACAGCACCCUCUUCUUGGGCAAUGCCCAGUUUUACCAUGUGAUACUGGAGCUGAAGGCCUCGAUCGAGCAGUGUCUGGGCACCAAACCCCUUGAGAGCGCUCAAGAGCCUGCUGACCCCCUGCCAGCUGCUGCCCCGCUGGAGCAGACUCCCACACCCACCAGCACAGAGGACCUCACCCCUGGCAGUGUGGAGGAGGCUGAGGAGGCAGAGCCUGAUGAAGAGUUCAAGGAUGCGAUUGAGGAGAACCAACUGCUGGUCAUGGAGGAUGACGAGAGCUCUCAGUGUUCGUCAGAGUUUGACCUCAGCCUCCCAGACAAUGGUUUUAUGAGCAAAAAUGAGGUGAUUCGCAGCAAGGUGUCACGGCUGACUGAGCGCCUGCGAAAGCGCUACCCCAGCAACAACUUUGGGAACUGCACAGGUUGCGCAGCUACCUUCUCUGUGCUCAAGAAGAGGCGGAGCUGCAGUAACUGUGGGAACAGCUUCUGCUCCAGGUGUUGCUCCUUCAAAGUCCCCAAGGCUGUGAUGGGAGCCACAGCCCCAGAAGCUCAGAGGGAGACAGUUUUUGUGUGUGCUUUGUGCAACCAGGUGCUCAUCAAAUGACUGGAACAGGCCCGGUGAGCCUGUGGGCCCUGAACUGUCUGACAUGGGUCCUGUACUGCCUCCUGGGCAGUGCUCCCACUGCCCUUGUUCCUGGGGGCCUAGGUCAGUUGGUUGCCAGCUUGGCAUCACCUUGCCAGAGGACACUUGCACUUGUUGGUCCUGCCGCCAGUGUUGGCGGGGGGCAGACUGGAUCUCCUUGCUGCACAGCAUCUGCCACACCAGCUGGGUCGAAACAGAGCGCUGCCCACAGCCGUGCACCCAUUGCCUCCCCUUGGUUGCCCUCUGGCAGCUGCUCAGUGCUGCUCCAAGCCCUGGGCACCCCGAGGUGUGGACUGUGCCCUGCCAGGUGGAGCCCAGGCUGUGGAGCCUGGCUCAGUGGUAGAGGAGCCGUCCUUCCUACUUUGAGUCUUACCUCUGUCCCCUAGGUGGGGGCAGAACAACCUCAGGGCUCUGCCCCAACCUUUCUGAGCACUGUGCUAGCUGACUGUAUUUUUGGGAUCAAGUUGGAGCUCUGCCUGCGUUCUGAAGAGAUGUGGACCUGAGUCAGCUGAGCUCUGUUAGCUCUAGGCGCUCCUGUGCUCCUCAGCCUCAUUGUGUCUAGGUCUAGUCUUUCCUCACCCUGUUUUUUAGCUGUAGCAGAGGCGUGGAGAGGGUAAGCCAGGGGCUCGGCUGUGCGGCUGGGUAGCUAUAGUGAGAGGUGCGAGUUGAGCUGCUCUGUGUACUUAGUGACUGCUGCUUUCUAAUAGAGAUUAAUAUAUAAGUGUAUAUAGAAAACAACCAAUAAAUCUCUUGUCAUCA